AUGGUGCAAUACUGUUCUGUCUAUGGAUGUUAUUCGACAACUAAAAAGAACAAGGAUCUAAAAUUUCAUAGAUUUCCCCGUGAUGCGAGGUGCCAAUUUUGGAUAAACGCAUGUCAAAGACCCGACUUGAGAGAGAAAAACAUAGAACAAAUACAUAACAUGUACGUAUGUAGUUUACACUUUGAAGAUUGGAUGUAUAAGAAGCAGCAAUUACACAGCGCUGCUGUUCCCAUAUCAAACUUACCAUCUGUUCCUAUGCACUCUGUUAACACACAAAUUGAACCUCCAAAAGCAGAAAUUUUAAAAUAUCUGCUUAGCAGAGGUGUUCAAGAACAGAUCGACACUAAUAGAAUAGACAAAUCUGUGGUGACAUCCAAUAGUGAUGAAACAUCACAGACCCCAAAAACAAUGACAGACCAUAUCCCUAGAAAGAGAAAACUUCGAAAACAAAUUGUAAGCUGUGUGAAAAAGAUGAAGUUUAUAGAACAUAAUAAAUCAACGGACAUCAGCCGUCAGAAGUUUUUACGAGGAUGUGACAAGUUUUUAUCACCGAAUCUAAGUAAAAUUGUCAAAGCACAGGCCAUUUUAAAACCUCAUUGUAAAAAUAACAGAUAUUCUAAAGAAUUUAAGUUAUUUUGUCUAAAUAUUUAUUACUCAAGUCCACAUGCGUAUAAGUUUUUAUCAAAAACCUUGUGUUUGCCAUCUAAACGUAGUCUGGCUACUGUGGCCAUACCAGUGAGUACCAAAAUUAGUGACUAUGUAUGGAAAGUUUUAUCGCAGGCGAUAAAACACUUGGCGCCUUUCGAAAGGGAAUGUACAUUGUGUAUGGACGAAAUGAGCUUAAAAUAUUCCCUUUUUUAUGACAUACACAGGGAUAAAGUGAUAGGUUUACACGAAAUUGACGACAUUCAAUGCUCAUAUGCAGCUGGGUAUGCUUAUACAAUUAUGCUUAAAGGGAUAUUAGGCGAUUGGAAACAAGUAAUCGGCUAUGCACUUCUUGCAAGUAGUAAAAUCGACAAAGCAUUAGAGGAGUUUAUAAUUAAUACCGUCAAACAAUUGUUUGAAUUGGGUUUCAAAAUAAGAGCCAUUGUUUCAAACCAGGGAUUCGACUUUCUAAAGUUUUCUAAAUCAAUGGGAAUCUCAAAAGAACACACUUAUUUUGAAAUAGACGGGAGAAAAAUUUACUACAUAUUUGACGUGCCUCAUCUCAUAAAAUGCGUUCGAAAUAAUUUGAUGAACUACGACUACGAGUUUAAUGGUAAAAUCGCUAGUUGGGACGAUAUCUAUAAAUGUUAUGAGUUGGAUAAACAAAAAGAUUUUCGGCGUGCUCCCAAAUUAACGGAAUCCCAUAUAUCACCAAACAAUUUUCAAAAACGAAAACUGCGCCUAGCAACACAAGUGCUUAGUGAUUCUGUUAAGACAGCAGUGGUAACGUAUGCCAAAACAGGUGAUUUGAAUCCAUGUAAUGGUACCGUUGAAUUCAUCGAUACUAUGGAUAAACUUUUUGAUGUGUUAAAUUCUAACAACCUCUAUUCCACUAAGCCUUAUAACAAUCCUUACCGGGCGAACGAAUUACAGCGAAAUUUGUUGCUUAAAGCUCAAAAUUUGCUAGCUAGUCUCAUCGUGAGACACAAAUAUACUGGAAAAGAUGUUACGACUUCCAUAAAGUUUAUCAACGCAUUUUCUAUUACAAUAAAUUCUAUUAUGCAGUUGUAUGACGAUUUAAAGACUGAGUCGGGCAUCAAUGACUUUUACUUGCUGACGCGUAGACUAAAUAAUGAUGACCUAGAAUAUUUUUUUUCUGUAAUACGUCAAGCUAGUGGGAAUUGCUGGGAACCGACCUGUGUUCAGUUCGAGCGAGCAUUCAGAAAAUCUUUUCUGUAUCAACUUUUCAAAUUAUAUAAUGAUUUAAAUUGUGUUGAUGAUUUUGAUAACAUCAUAUCACAAUAUGUUGAUUUUAUUCACAAUAAAUCUCUGUUUAGAGCCAGCAGUGUGGUCCACGCCCACACAAAAUAA